GUGGUAUGAACAUGUCUGUAAUGGACGGAUGCUUGGUUGCUGAAGAACUAGGAUAUGGAUGUACUGGAAUUAAAACUGCUCUAGAAGCGAGUGGUUUAGGUCAAAUGCCUGUUAUAAUUGGUGGAAAUAAGGAACAACAAAAAAAAUACCUUGGAAGGUUAAUUGAAGAGCCUUUGGUAGCUGCUUAUGGUGUAACAGAACCUGGUGCAGGUUCAGAUGUCAAUGCUUUACAAACAAAAGCUGUGAAAAAGGGUGACGAAUAUGUCAUUAAUGGACAAAAAAUGUGGAUAACUAAUGGUGGUGUGGCCAACUGGUAUUUUGUAUUAGCUCGUACUGAUUUGGACCCUAAAGCACCAGCAAGUAAAGCAUUCACUGGUUUUAUUGUUGAUGCUGAUACACCUGGACUUACACCAGGACGAAAAGAAUUAAAUAUGGGACAAAAAGCUUCAGAUACUAGAGGAAUUACUUUUGAAGAUGUUCGAGUGCCCAAAGAAAACGUAUUAACUGGUGAAGGCCAAGGUUUUAAGAUUGCUAUGUCAACAUUUGACAAAACUAGACCGCCUGUAGCUGCUGGAGCUGUUGGCUUAGCUCAAAGGGCAUUGGAUGAAGCUGCUAAGUAUUCUCUUGAAAGAAAAGCAUUUGGAGUACCCAUCGCUAAACAUCAAGCUGUUGCUUUUAUGUUAGCUGACAUGGCCAUUGGUAUUGAGGCUGCUCGACUUACAUACAUGAAAGCUGCAUUUGAAGUUGAUCAAGGACGACGUAAUUCUUAUUAUGCAUCAAUUUCUAAAGCUUAUGCUGCAGAUGUGGCAAAUAAAUGUGCUACUGAUGCCGUACAGAUAUUUGGUGGAAAUGGUUUCAACACUGAAUACCCUGUAGAAAAGUUGAUGAGAGACGCUAAAAUAUAUCAAAUUUAUGAAGGUACUGCUCAAAUCCAACGGUUGAUCAUUUCAAGAGACAUCAUUGAAAAAACCAAACAAACUAUGUAAAUAGUCUUUAAAAACACAAAUAAUAAUAAAAAAAAAAACAUUGUUAUUAAAUUACAAAAUUAAAUAUUUAUUUAUAUAUUUUAACAUUGUAAUGGAUUGGUAAAAUUUAUAUAUUGAGAAAUAUUGUUAUAUAAACAAUAAAUAUACUUUUUUUUAUAUAUUUAA